AUGUUCAGCUCCAUGAAUUCUCCAGGACAGCUCUCUCAAUGGACAGCUUCAGGUGGUGACCCUUGUGGCCAAAACUGGAAAGGCAUAACUUGCUCUGGCUCAAGAGUUACUCAAAUAAAGUUAUCAGGUCUUGGACUUUCUGGAACACUAGGAUAUAUGCUUGAUAAACUGACUUCUGUUACUGAGUUUGAUCUAAGCAACAAUAACAUUGGAGGCGAUAUGCCGUAUCAGCUUCCUCCAAACCUGGAGCGAUUGAAUCUUGCUAAUAACCAGUUCACUGGAUCUGCUCAGUAUUCCAUUUCUUUAAUGACACCUCUCAAGUACCUCAAUCUUGCUCAUAACCAGCUGAAGCAACUAGCUAUUGACUUCACGAAACUAACUUCUCUCUCUAUCUUGGACCUCUCUUCCAAUGCUAUCACCGGUUCUCUUCCGAACACAAUUAGCUUUCUUACGAGUGUUAAAUCAAUUUAUCUUCAGAACAAUCAGUUUACAGGCACCAUCGAUAUCCUAGCCACCCUUCCUCUCGAAAAUUUGAAUAUUGCAAACAAUCGUUUCACAGGCUGGAUCCCCGAUACUUUGAAAGGCAUUAACUUGCAAAAAGAUGGUAAUUCAUUCAAUUCCGGGCCUGCACCUCCACCACCUCCGGGUACACCUCCAGUCCGUAGGUCACCUACUCCUAAAUCUGGUAACGGUGGACCCCGGCCCAGUGGUGAUUCCAGCAGUAGCAAUGACUCCAAGAAAUCAGGUAUUGGAGCUGGUGGAAUAGCAGGGAUAGUCAUUUCAUUGUUAGUUGUAGCAGCUGUGAUUGCUUUCUUCUUGAUCAAGAGGAAAAGAUCAAAGCGCUCAUCGUCCACGGACAUUGAAAAGACUGAUAACAUUAAGCAACCCUUCACACUCGCUUCAAAUGGCUUUCAAGAGAAUAAGUCUAUACAGAAUCCACCAUUAGUUGAGACAAAGAAACUGGAUACUUCAUUGUCGAUGAAUCUACGCCCUCCACCAGCUGAGAGACACAAGUCGUUUGACGAUGAUGAUUCAACAAUGAGAAAACCCAUUGUUGCAAAGAAAGCUGCUGUUGUUGUUCCUUCAAAUGUGAAUACGUAUACGGUUGCAGAUCUUCAAAUAGCUACCAAUAGUUUCAACGUUGAUAAUCUUCUCGGUGAAGGGACUUUUGGGAGAGUAUACAGAGCCCAGUUUGAUGAUGGAAAGGUACUCGCUGUGAAGAAAAUAGACUCGUCUGCGCUCCCCACUGACACAGCUGAUGAUUUUACCGAAAUAGUAUCGAAAAUUGCGCAUUUGGAUCAUGAAAAUGUCACAAAGCUUGACGGUUACUGUUCUGAACACGGACAACACUUGGUGGUCUAUGAGUUCCAUAGAAACGGCUCAUUGCAUGACUUUUUACAUCUUUCGGAUGAGGAAAGCAACCCGUUGAUAUGGAAUCCUCGUGUCAAGAUCGCUCUCGGCACUGCACGCGCAUUGGAGUACUUGCAUGAAGUUUGUUCACCAUCUAUAGUCCACAAGAAUAUCAAAUCAGCAAAUAUUUUACUUGACUCAGAGCUGAAUCCGCACCUCUCAGACUCAGGCCUCGCUAGCUUCCUCCCCACUGCAAAUGAGCUACUGAACCAAAACGAUGAAGGAUACAGCGCACCAGAAGUUUCAAUGUCAGGCCAAUACUCUUUGAAGAGCGAUGUUUACAGUUUCGGAGUAGUGAUGCUUGAGCUUUUAACCGGAAGAAAACCAUUCGACAGUACAAGGUCAAGAUCGGAGCAGUCAUUGGUGAGAUGGGCAACACCUCAGCUUCACGACAUUGAUGCAUUGAGCAAAAUGGUUGAUCCAACUCUCAAAGGGCUUUACCCGGUCAAAUCUCUGUCCCGUUUCGCAGAUGUUAUCGCCCUUUGCGUCCAGCCUGAGCCAGAGUUUAGACCACCGAUGUCUGAAGUGGUGCAAGCGUUGGUUGUGUUGGUUCAGAGAGCUAACAUGAGCAAAAGAACCGUCGGAGUUGGUUCAGGUAGCUCCGGUGCCAAUGAUUACAUGUAA